AUGAGUGCAGUAAGUGAAGGUGUGUUAAUCGUUGCUGCUCUUCUGAGACAAGAAAUAUUGAGAAAUCGUCGUAAAAAGAGGUGUUGGAUCAAAAAAUGGAUAGAAAGAAGAGGAGUUCUUGGAGCGUCUAACAAUCUUUGUGUAGAAUUACAAAUAGAAAAUGAAGAUGACUUUAAGAACAUGUUUCGUGUCAACAGAACCCAGUUUUAUUAUUUAUUAGAUAAAAUUGGUUCUUCUAUACAAAGGCAAAAUACAACAAUGCGUAAUGAUAUUCCUGCUCGAACAAAACUAGAAAUAGCAUUAAAAUAUUUGGCAACUGGAGAUUCGUUUGGUACACUGUCACAAUUAUUUAGAGUACCUAGGUGUACUAUAAGUACAUUCUUGGUCGAAGUUCUUGAAGCUAUUUACUCUGUAUUAGAAGAUUUUAUAAAGGUGCCAAGAUCUGAAGAGGAAUGGAAUCAAAUAAUAAGGGGCUUUUUUAUAAGAUGGAAUUUUCCCAACUGCUUUGGUGCCAUUGAUGGAAAACAUAUAAACGUAAAAUAUCCCCCUGGCACAGAAUCAGACUUUUUUAAUUAUAAAAGUACAUAUAGUAUUGUGUUACUAGCUUGUGUUGAUCACGACUAUUGUUUCACAUACAUUGACGUGGGAGCAAAAGGUAGAAACUCUGAUGGUGGAAUAUUUAAUAAUUGUACUUUAAAGAAGGCUAUUGAAGAGAAUACCAUAAAUUUGCCAAGUAAUGCAGUACUUGUCGGAGAUGAAGCGUUUCCUUUAAAACCUUAUUUGAUGAAACCAUAUCCUCGCCGUAACGAUUUAAGUAGAGAACAAAAAAUCUAUAACUACAGAUUGUGUAGAUGUAGGAGAAUCGUUGAAAAUGCUUUCGGAGUUUUAACAUCCCGAUUUCGAAUUUUCGAAAAGCCAAUCACUACAAGUAUAGACAAGGUAGAUGUCAUAGUGAAAACAUCAUGUGCUUUACACAACUGGCUUAGGAAAACUUCACCUGCGUCUUACACCCCACCAGGUUUUAUAGACGAAGAAUGUCAAAGAAGUGGUCUUCGUCUUGGUCCUUGGAGAACAAAUGCUUCAGGCGGAGCUUUUGAAAAUAUAACAUCACAGAACAACAGGAAUAGUACAAGGGAAGCUAUAAGAAUCCGUGAUAAUUAUUGUCAUUACUUUAACAAUGAUGGUGCUGUACCUUGGCAAGACAGUGCCAUUUUUUAA